GGAGGGCCCUGGGCCAGCGGCUGCCUCCCCACCCCCUCUUAUAAAGGCCCGGCGGCCCUCGAGAAAGCCCGCACAGCUGCCCAGCCUGGGGACACAGAGCAGCCCUGCCUUGUCACCUGCUCCCCCCACUGGCAGCUCAGAUCAUGGGAGGCCCCCACCACGGCGUCUUUCUCCUCUUUCAUGUGCUGUGUGUCUCACUGACUCUGUCGGAAGUUGGAGCCCAGAGCACCAAGGCCUGUGCUCGGUGGUGCCCUCUAAACUCCUCAUGUGUCAACAGCACUGCCUGCCGCUGCAAUCUGGGAUUCAGUGCUUCAUCUGGGGAGGUCUUCACCAGCCCCUCGGACAGUUGUGAUGAUAUCAAUGAGUGUGCACCACCCACAACCGUGUCCUGUGGAAAAAAUGCAGAUUGCCAGAACACAGAAGGGGGCUACCACUGCACAUGCGUUCCAGGAUACGAGCUUGCUUCUGGGGCACCAAUAUUCAGAAAUGAGAAUGAGAACACCUGUCAAGACGUGGACGAAUGUCAGCAGAAACCAAAAAUCUGUAAAAGUCGCGGCAUCUGCAUCAACACCCAGGGCAGCUACACCUGCCAGUGCCCACCCGGCUUCAAGCUCAACCCAAGGGACCCGAAGCUGUGCACAGAUGUGAAUGAAUGUACCCCGGGGUCAAACCCAUGUCACAACUCCACCCACUGCUUCAACCUCGUGGGCAGAUAUGAAUGCCGCUGUCGCCCUGGCUGGAAACCGAUUCCUGGGUCCCCCAACGGCCCAAACAACACCAUCUGCGAAGAUAAGGACGAGUGCAGCUCCGGGGAGCAUAAGUGUCACAACUCCACCAUCUGCACCAACACUGUGGGUUCAUAUGCGUGCCACUGCCGCCGAGGCUGGGUGCCCAAACCCGGAUUCCAGAAUAAGAAAAAUACCACCGUUUGUGAAGAGGUCUCCUUCCCCACCUGGACGCCACCCCCUGGAAUCAAGAGCCAGAGUCUCUCCCUUUUCUUUGAAAGAGUCCAGAAUAUGCGCAGAGACUUCAAGGCAGACUUGACCCAGAAAACCAUGAAGGACCUCAUCGUGUCACUGGAUGACCUGCUGAAAACCCCCGGAGAUCUGGAGGCCCUGAACCUGUCUUCCAGGCACCAGACAGCCACCAGCCUUCUCACAGGCCUCGAAGAAAUCCUGAGGACACUGGGCAAAGCCUUCUCUAAUGACUCCUUCACCUUCUAUUCCCCUGGGGGCACAGUGCUGUCUCUAGUGGUCCAGGAGCCGGGGAGUGGAAACAUCACCGUGGGCCAGAGUCAUGCACGGAUGCUGCUGGACUGGGCUGUGGCAGCUGGAGCUGGGAAGUCUGACCCCACCGUGGUAGGGAUCCUCUCGAUCCCGAACAUGCAGAAACUGCUGUCCAACUCCUCCUUGGACCUGGACUUGGAGAAGAAAGCUAAGUUGGAAGAGUGCUAUGAAAGUUCUGUCCACGGCGCCCAGCUCAGGCUUCUCUCCGCUGUGAACUCGGUCUUUCUGAGCAACACAAACACAGAUAAACUCGACUCCCCCGUCACCUUUGCCUUCUCCCAUCUUCCUGGGACUCAAGAGCAGAAAGAGCACGGGCCACGGGAGGAGCGGAUCUGUGCCUUCUGGAAGCAUGACGGCAGCAAUGGUGGACACUGGGCCACCUCGGGCUGCAGGAUUCUGGGCAACGGGAAUGAUAGCACCACCUGCCAAUGCAAUCACCUGAGCAGCUUUGCCAUCCUCGUGGCUCACUACAACGUGGAGGACCCGAAGCUGGCCCUGAUCACUAAGGUGGGCCUGUCGCUGUCGCUGGUCUGCCUGCUGCUAUGCAUUCUCACCUUCCUGCUGGUGCGGCCCAUUCAGGGCUCGCGCACAACCGUGCACCUGCACCUCUGCAUCUGCCUCUUCGUGGGCUCUGCCAUCUUCCUGGCGGGCAUCGAGAAUGAAGGAGGCCAGGUGGGGCUGCGCUGCAGCCUGGUGGCCGGGCUGCUGCACUACUGGUUCCUGGCUGCCUUCUGCUGGAUGAGCCUCGAGGGCAUGGAGCUUUACUUCCUGGUGGUGCGUGUGUUCCAAGGCCAAGGCCUGAGAAAGCGCUGGCUCUGCCUCAUUGGCUACGGCGUGCCCCUGGUCAUCGUGGUUAUCUCGGCCAUUUUUGCAGCCACCUACAAGGAAGGCUAUGGCAAUGCCCUCUACUGCUGGUUGUCCCACAAGCAUGGCUUCCACUGGAGCUUCCAGGGACCUGUGACCUUCAUCGUUUUGGUAACUGACCCAUCUUCGGCCCCACCCUCCAUUACACCCCCUCAAAACCUGAGGCCCUUGGCUCCACAGAGCCCCCCUACACUGGCUUUCUCCCUACAAGUUCCAAGGAUGCCCCCUAACCUGAAUUCUCUGCUCCCUGCCCAGUGCAAUGCUGUCAUCUUUGUGACUACUGUCUGGAAACUCACUCAGAAAUUUUCUGAAAUCAACCCAGACAUAAAGAAAUUAAAGAAAGCCAGGGUGCUGACCAUCACAGCCAUUGCCCAGCUCUUCGUGUUGGGCUGCACCUGGGUCUUCGGCCUGUUACUCUUUGACCCACGGAGCUGGGUCCUGUCCUACAUCUUCACUAUCCUCAACUGCCUGCAGGGCUUCUUCCUCUUCCUGCUAUACUGCCUGCUCAACAAGAAGGUGAGAGAGGAGUACCGGAAGUGGGCCUGCAUGGUCACCAGGAACAAGUAUUCAGAGUUUGCCACAACCACAUCUGCUUCCAGCUCCAGCCACAGUCAGACUCGGGCACUCAGGCCGUCGCAGUCCGGCAUGUGAAGGCAUAGUUCUGGCCAGGACAGCAGCUCCUGUGGCCUCAGCAGCUUUUGCACAUGCUGAAGACCAUCCUCUCCUCUCCCACUGUUCUGCUCCCUCUGCUCUCCUGCCUUGGUCCCCAUAUGCACCGUGGAAAGGAGGGUGGCAACUGCCAUGUGGCGCCAAACCCCAGAAUAGCUGGCAAGGAUGGAAAAGCUGGAUCUACUAGGCCUGCUUCUGGCUGCCUCUCUGCUCCAGCCCCGCCAGGACCCAGGGUAGGAGCAGAAGCUGACCCAUGGCCGCAGCCCCUUGCCCUGGGUACACCAGGCCCAGACUGAGGGCUCCUGUGCCCAGCCUGGUCCUUUCCCUCCUGUGUCUUUGCUACAGAACAAGAGGUCAGGGUGCUGGGACUCAGCUUCCCAGUUAAGCUAAGACUGAGGUCAGGGGUGGGAGAAGGGCAAGGCCCUUCCUGGCCCCUCACUGAGGCUCACGGUACAGAAGCCCACCUGUCCCCAAGACAGAGGGUUAUCACUGUUGUGAAGGUUGUGGACAUUGCAUAAUGUUUUUUUUUUUUUUUUUUAUCUGUAUAAACCUGUCAGUGUUGACACUUAAAAUUAAAUAUCAUGCUGAUAUUGAA